AGAGAGAGAGAGAGAGAGAGAGAGAGAGAGAGAGAGAGAGAGGAAACUUAACUUGGCGUGGCUGGCUGCAGAGUGUCUCCCCUAUGCAGUGGCACUAAUGAGGUAAUCAACAUAUUGACAACAGUUCUCUUGGUGCAUCCCUUCAUAGAGACAAGGGACACAGGGACACCAGCCACCACCAUCGAGUGUCUAUUGAUCUGACAGUACACUGGAGCAGCAACAGCAGCAGGAGUAGCAGGAGGAGGAGGAGGAGGAGGAGGAGGAGGAGGAUGGUGAGGAGAAGUAUAAUGGAUGUUAUGUACCAUCUCUAUGCCUCUUACUCCAAUAUCAUCUCUCUCACCACUCAAGUAGGUAACAGAGUGGUGCAGCUAGCGGAGGAGGGAGGUGUUGAGCGGGAAAGCGAGGGACCAUCUUCUCCUGAGUCUCCGCUUCCUCCUGUCCAGGUUUUUCGGGGCAGUGAGGAGCAGCGGCGCACUCUACAGGAGCCGCCGACGGAGAACAGUGCAGCUGAAGACAAUAUCUGGUCAACGGGACUCGCCUCAUGGGACCCUUACUCUAGGCUGUCAGAGGAGCUGGAUGACGGAGGCGUGACAGAGACGAGGGAGACUGUGGAGGAAACACCCGUGAACGCAGAAGGAGGAGGAGGAGGAGGAGGGGUAGCUGGAAGUGGUAGUGAAGGAGAGAGGGAAGGAGGAGGUGGAGGAGGAGGGGAAGGUGGAGGAGGAGGAGAAGAGAAGGAGCAGUCUCGUGUAUAUGUCUCCUCAGCGAGUCUCAACAGAGGGCCUCCAGAUAUCGUUUUAUUUCAAGAAGGUCACGUGACUCCUCCUUCGUCAGCUGUGAUGCGGAACACGCCCUCCAGCAUCCCCUCCAACACACACAGGAUGGCGCAGGACAUCCGCAGCUACGGUUCCUACGAGAGUGUGCAGCUGCCGGGGAGCAUCAUGGACGACACACGACCCUUGGCCAACUCCGACGCGCUGCAGGCUAAGUACGACAAAUACCACGACCACUUCAAGCUGCAGAAAGGCUCAGACGACUCCAAGGUGAGGAAGACAGUCGAGACACUCUUCUUCCGGGACAACAAGCGACGCAUUGACUUCGUGCUGGUGUUCAAGGAUGACGGGGACGAGGAGCUGGCAGAGAGGAGGCGCGUCUUCCAGGAGAACUUGAUGGAGGAAGGCCUGGAGCUGGAGACUGAGGAUAAGACGCAAUCACAAGACGGCGAGACUUACUUUGUCAAAAUCCACGUUCCCUGGGACUUGCUGGCGCGCUAUGCUGAGAUUAUGAAGUUGAAGAAACCCAUCAAGAGAUUUAUUGUGAUACGAGGCGGCGAAGUCUGGAAGGACGAUACAGAUCAGAAGGGGCAUGGUCUGUUCGGCUGGCUGGGGAUGAAAGACCCGUUCCAGUACAACCACGAUCGAAUCCCCCCAGAGCCCAAUUAUUUCUCCACGGGGUUCUCCAGGUCACACAUUGAACAGUCGGGCUUGUCUGUGGUGUAUCCGAGGAUAGUUGUGUCCGCCACUCGCACACGGUCCAAGAGGAUGCUGAUCGACUACCAGAGAACUUUGGGCAAGAAUGAGUUCGAACCUCGUGAAGCGUUUCCGAAAGUUUCUAGAAUGUGCAGUCUUGGUGGAGGGACGCGGCGCUGCGGUUGUGUUUGGCGGAGGGUUUUGCGUCGCUUUGAGGAACAUCUCAUGGUAAAUUUACAAAAUCACGCUCGUUUGUCUCAACCUGGCGCACGAAACUGUUUUUCUUCUUCUUUUUUCUGGUUUAUCAUCAAGGACAGGGAAACGUUCUUCUCUCCGGCACAGCGAAGUCAGAUAGCCUGGGAGAUCCUGCUUCGUGUUCGCUACUCGAGUGUUGAGUUGGGUAUUGGCAUCACACGUCUCCUCUCCAGCGAUACAUACGUGGCUGCCUUCCCGCUUCACGACGGCCGCUAUGACAAGGAUGGUCCCGAUGGCGCGCUGUGUGACAGAAGGCUGCUGGUGGUGCUGGCGGCUGUGGUGAGUGUCAUCAUGUACCGCAUGGCCAUCGCUGUUGCCAUGUACCAGACUGAGUCGCCACUGUUCCGCCGCAAUGCCAAGCUAGUCACCUCCAUCACGGCAGCCAGCCUUAACUUGGUCAUCAUUAUUGUCUUCAACUUUUUCUACGAAAAGAUAGUGGUGUGGCUGACCAACCUGGAAGUGCCCAGGACGGAGACGGAGUAUGAGGAUUCCUUCACGCUCAAGAUGUUCCUCUUCCAGUUCGUCAACUAUUAUUCCUCCCUCAUCUACAUUGCUUUCUUCAAGGGCCGUUUCUUCUACCACCCUGGGGAUGAAGAGGCACGGUCCAAUGUGUUGAUGCAGUUGCGCUAUGACAUGUGUGAUCCGGCUGGCUGCCUCUUUGAGCUCUUCGUACAGCUGGCCAUUAUCAUGAUUGGCAAGCAAGUCUUCAACAAUGUGAUAGAAAUAUUCAUCCCCAUCAUGAAGGUGUGGUGGAACAAGCGGCGUGGCCACAGCAACCAGCUGAGUGAGGCUUACACACGCUGGGAGCAAGACUAUGACCUGGAGCCUUACACACGCCUCUCCCUCUUCAAUGAGUACCUGGAGAUGGUGAUCCAGUAUGGGUUUGUCACCAUCUUUGUGGCAGCAUUCCCACUCGCUCCAAUUUUUGCACUGCUCAACAACGUUGUGGAGAUCCGAAUCGAUGCUUACAAGUACUUGAGUAAGUGUCGGCGUCCUCGGGCGGAGCGGAUCCAGGACAUCGGCAUCUGGUUCGGCAUCCUGAAGGGCAUCACCUACUUCUCCGUCUUCACCAAUGCGGUGGUUAUCUCAUACACCAGCGACUUCAUCCCUCGGCUGGUGUAUAUGUAUGGCUACUCCCCGAAACACAACUUGGUGGGCUACAUCAAGAACACUCUCUCAGUCUUCAACACCUCGGAGUACAAGGAGAAUAUGGGGCCAGAGAAACGCGAUGGAUGGCCAGCCGUGUGUCACUACCGAGCCUAUCGCAACGGCCCGGAUGAUGAGAACCCUUAUGACAUCAACCAGCAAUUUUGGCACGUGUUCACCGCUCGCCUCGCCUUCAUCCUGAUUUUUGAGCAUGUGGUGUUCCUGCUAACGGGAGCUGUGGCCAUGGCUAUUCCUGACAUCCCCGUGGAGGUGCGGAACCAGAUGAAGAGAGAGAAGAAGGUGGAGAAAGAGACGCUUUUUGAAAAUGAGAUGCGCAAGAUCCGCCAGGAGAGGCAGGAGCGCCAGGUGCUGACGCCUGAUGAGGACCACCUCAAUCUGGACCUUGGGGAGGGCCUGCGUACCACCUGCAACUCACGUGCCGCCAGCCCCCUCAUGCCCACGCAUAAGUCCAGGGAGAUGCACUCGUAGGCCACACCUCCCUCUGUAGUGUAGCUUUGUAUGUUAUGGUGAUGUUAAUCCUUUCACUCUGUCUCCUCUUCCUCCACUUAGGAUGUGCUGAGGCAGGUGGGAGCAGACACUAGUACACUAAAGAUAUCAGGAAAUCCUCUCACCUUUGGUUUUCUGACAGCACUACAGUCUGUUUAAGUUAAUGUGGCAAUUGUUUUCUCAUUGUUCCUGGUGUCUUAUGCUGGUUAACUUUGUGUGGGUUUCCUCUUUACCUUUUGAUAUUGACAGUUGUUUCCACCCUUUCAUAUAACUGGAUCUCAUUGGUCAAACAGGAACUUUCCAUGUCAGUGAUAAGAUGUUAUUUUGAGGUUGCAACGUGAAAGAACUCGGAGGUCAUCCAGUGUAAAGAGACCUAAACAGACUGUAGUGUUGAUAUUUUCACCUCUGCUGUCCCUUGGUGUUUCUAGUUACAGGAGUCUCUCUUUCUCAUAAUCUUUCAUAUUUUUAUUCUAGCUCAAGUUGUUGUAAAGAAACAUCACCCGAUGCACCAAGUACUGAGAUGAGUGACAGUGCAGGUGGUGUGUGGAGGAAUGUGAGGUGGAGUGUUUGUUGAUUGUCUUAUUUUCUGUAGAUUAAUUUUCCUUACAUAUUAACAUUUUCUGUAUUCAAAGAUAAAGUGAGGCAUAAAAUUAGUCUUGCUGUCGCUGAGACAGGUGAAAGGUAAUCAAGAAAAGGAAAUCUUGGUUAUUGCCUUCAUAAAAGAGAGUUAAUUCCAAAUUACUAGAAUACUGUGAAGGUUCUUGAGUGUCGUCCUGAUGCACAUAGUUACUCCUAGGUAGUUUAUUUACCCAAUUGUUUAUUAGAAUUAAGCUCGGAAACUAAAGACUUGCAUGCCAUUUGAGCCAUACACAUGGCAAGAACAGACAUUCUUCACCUCAAUGGCUCCUCACUCCCACUGUCCUAGUCUCAGUUAUUAAUUUAUCAUUACAGUGAUGCAUCGCCAGUUGUCUGUGAUACGUGUGUACCUAAGUGUCCACCAAGGCUUUGGAAGCCUUGGGUUCUUUUGUUCUCUGUUUUUAUUUUUAUAAAUGUCUUAGUCAUUCCGUCUAUUGUGUGUUCAAUUAAGGGUAAUGGAAAGGGAACACUUUGUUUGUAUAAAGUGCCAUUCACUAUAACUCCGUCCAUGGAGAGCUGUUGGAUUGUAAAGUAUGUUCUCAGAAGAUGUACUUUUAAGUGCUUUGUGUCUCGCCACUUGAACUGUUCUUCAAUGAACACUACUUUGAAUUCUGUGCAGUGUUGAGUUGAGAUGCUCAGAGAAAGCAUUGCACAGGACAAGUGGAAUCUAGAACAGGCACUACUGUUGUAUGUUAAUUUUAGAGUUAGAGCUUUAGACUGUUACAGUGACAAUGGCAAAAUAACGUUAUGGUGGGCGUAUUUUAGCUUUUUUAUGACAAGUUGAACAGGUGAGGAUCUUUCUAGGUGCAUCCUGGUUCCUGAGCCAGUAGGCCCAAUGAAUGGUUUGUGCUGAGCCAGGUGUGGUGAAGUGCCUGUGUCUCAUUUCACUGAAGUAUAUCUUGACCAACAAUAACAAUGUGCAGCACAGUACUCGUAGUUCCUUGCAGUGUUUAAGUGAUGCACUGAGGCAGGGAAAUCCUCAGCACCACAACUAAAGUCCGAUUUCAUUGAUGCACAAGAAACUUCACAAUACCAUAAUUGUCUUGAAAAUUGUUUUGACUGCCUAAAUCAUUGUCUGACUACUGGGAGAUUUUUUUUUUUUUUUUUUUUUGGUCCACACCACAAUGACAGACUUUUGUCAGUUUUCAGAAUCAAGGAAUAUUACAAGCUUUAUAAAACAUUGUAAUUAUAUAUUUAGUGUUAUGAAGUAGCUCAUUUUUUGCAGCAAGCAGGGUGUAUGACUUAGGCUUGAGGUAAUGAAGAAUAUGAAAUACAUGUAAUGAAUGGAUUAGUGUGUGUGUGGGAAGAGUACACCAGCUAGUGUAUUGGAUGAUGAAAUGUGAAUGGGAUGCUAUUUACAUAUAGUCAGACUUUGGUUUUUAUACCAUUUGGUCUUGAUGGACUUUGUUGUUGAAAAUUGUCCGGUUUUGUACUUUCGAAAAUAAGUUAAGCCAAACUUGUCCACCUUUCUGCCCGACUUGGCCACUCAUUUACCAGAAUAAGCGCCCCCACAAAGUAUCCUGCAUUUGUGGCUUGCAUCUUGUUGAGUAAACAUCACCCUCUGCAUUUAUCAAAAUAUCAGUCAUGAAUUGUACUUGAGUGAGGUAGGGCUUGUGAAAUGCUGAACCUAGAAACAAUUAUGCUUUUCCCUAUUAUGAAAUGCAACCGUUGCAAGGUUGCAGCUUUUACCCCCUGCCUUGGUCAUGCUGGUGGUUAUGUUUUGAGUCCUGCUUUGGAUAUAUCCUCUCCUCCUCUCCAGCCCACAAGGUCUUUCCCUACUGCUGCCCUACACUAUGUUUACAAACUAGUCACUCAACACAGCCUCAAGAAUUCCCCCCCCCCUCUCUCUCUCUCUCUCUCUCUCUCUCUCUCUCUCUCUCUCUCUCUCAACCCACAGACCCACAGGAUGUCCCCCCACAGUAUGUUUACAAACCACAGUCACUCACCACAGCUUCUCCAGAAUAUCACCUCUCCAUUCCAUCCUCAACCCAACAGAGGACAGUAAAGUGCAGACUCUUCUUUUAAUACUUCUGUUACACCAAAUAUAUGAUGGUUAUAUUUGCAUUGGUGAUUGAUGCAGUUGUGAGCCUUUUGAAUGUAACCAAAAGAGAAAUACACGAAUGAUACUUUUAA